AUGGAGAGUCAUGCUUUGUGGUUGGUGCAACUUUUCCUCUUCGCACUGUGGGUGAAUGGCCUAAUGACCAUUGGAUUAGCAGGUGCACAACAGCGGAUUGUCUGCAAUGAAUCCCUCAUGUUACAAAAGUUGCCAGUGUGUGGGAAAUCCUUUGAAGAGAUGAUGCGCAAAGUGGAUUCUCGGAAAUGGUGCAACUUAACAGAAUUUAUCCUAUAUUACAACAACUUUACCCUGUGUACAGAACAUGAGGCUGCCGUGGCAAAGUGCUUUUGGCCUAAUCCCCUGGCGGAAGGCUACAUCACUGGGAUCCACAGACAGUUCUUUUCAAACUGUAGUGCCGAAAAAAUUCAUUGGGAAGAUCCGCCGGAUAAAAUUCUCAUCACCCUGAUUUUAAUACCUGUUCUCCUCACCGUGGCCAUGAUCGGGCUAGUGGUUUGGUGCAGCAAGAGGAGUGACAUUUUGGUGUAA